AUGGCGGAAACUACCGUUCAACUGCCCUACCUAUCAUCUCACUAUGCGCUCCCCGAAUCGACGCUCACGACCUUAAGGCAGGCCCCAACUGUGGAGCUUGUCAAUCAACUUUUAGAAUCAAUCAAUAAAAAGGCUCAUGAAUCCGAUGAGCUCAAGUCCGACAAGCUUCGUUUGGAGGUAGAGCUUGAGAAUUCCGUGCGCAGCAAUGAGUCGAAGGUCAAGGUUCUGAAAGCCAGCGUGGAGAAGGGACACGCGGAAGUCGCAGAUCUGAGGAAAAAACUGCACGAAGCUGAAACUACCCGCUCCUCACUCGAGACAGAGAUCUCUACCCUGAAAUCCUCAUCCACGUCUAACGAAUCCGAAACCACAUCUUUGAAAGCGCGUAUCUCAUCUCUGGAGGCAUCCAACAGAGACACACUGGGCUUGCUUGAAUCGAAAUCUGCAGCCUAUGAUAAAUUGGCCGAGGAGCUUUCACUUCAGCACAAGAAGACCAUCGAAUUACGACGUGAACUCUCCACCGCGGAGCAGAGUCUCCAAAGUGCCAAUGCGGCAUCUGCCAGCGCCCGCUUCCGCGAACAGAGCCUGCAACAAGAAUUAGAUCUCACCAAAAAGAACAACGAAUGGUUCGAGACCGAACUCAAGACAAAAUCCGCUGAAUACAUCAAGUUCCGCAAAGAAAAAGGUGCUCGGAUCUCGGAGCUUCAGCGAGAGAAUGAAGAAGCAAACUCGACAAUUGACUCUCUUCGCCGAAGUGAGAACUCGCUCAAGAGUCGUCUGGACGAAACAGAGCAGCGAUACGAAACCUGUCUGGCUAGCAUUCAUCAGUUGAAAGAGGAAGCUAUCCAGGCAACCGAAUCCUUCCGCAUCGAACUUGACAGCUCCAACCGAUUGGCUGAGCUACAAGGAUCUGCUGCUCAAACGGCCAAGCAACGGGUGCAAGAAUGCCAACUUGCUCUCGAGAAGACAAAGGAUGACGCAGCGCAGGAAAUCUCGCGCCUCCGCGUGGAGCUUGAGACGGAGUCCAACGAUAAGGGAGCCGCGGAGCGCCGAAUUGGCGAGCUCGAGGCACUUGUUGCCCAACUUGAGUCUGAACCCUCCAGGGGAAGAUCAGCAAGCCCUGCUGUCUCUCUUAAUGGAGGUACACCUAGUACUCCUCUACGAUCCAGCAUCAUGCGUGCUGGUACUCCUACUGGCUCGUUCUCCCCCCGCGCAUCUCGUGGUAAGGGUGGAAUGAACGUCACCCAGAUGUACUCCGAGUACGACAGGAUGCGCACCGCUCUUGCAGCUGAGCAGAGAACCUGCCAGGAACUCCGCAAUACUGUCGACGAGAUGGUUCUUGAACUUGAUUCAACCAGACCCGAAAUCGAGGAGGGACGAGCAGAACAAUCCCGUCUCGACCACGCGGUUGUGGAGAUGUCUACUCUCCUCGAGGCGGCAGGGAAGGAACGUGAUGCCGCCCUAAAGGAAGCCAGGAAAUGGCAAGGUCAAGUUGAGGGUUUGGCUCGCGAGGGCGAUAUUCUACGCCAGCAACUUCGCGAUCUAAGUGCGGAAGUCAAGGUUCUUGUCCUGGAGGUUGCUGUUGCAAAACACGGCGAAGAAUACGACCGCGAGGAGCUCGAGAAGAUCGCUCGGGGUGAAGUCGAAGAAUCGGCAAAGGAUCUCAAUGAAACUGGCCGCUUUAUCAGCAAGCACCUCACAACUUUCAAGGAUCUUCACGAACUCCAGGAUCAGAACCACACCCUACGGCGUAUGUUGAGAGAACUUGGUGACAAGCAGGAGGGCGAAGAGGCCCAAGCCAAGGAAGCUACGCGACGGGCAGAAAUCGAUGAAUUGAAGGAAUUGCGAAUCCGUGCGCAGACAAACCGUGAUGAGAUUGCGAACCUCAGCGCACAGAUGCAGAGUUACGUCAAGGAGCGCGACACAUUCCGCAGUAUGCUCAUGCACAGAAAGCCAACCAUCGAAGACCAGUCUGUCUUCUCACAAUCCAUGCCUCUCGGUGCUGCUCCUCAGGGAGCCAUGGAAACAUCAGGACCCGACUACGCUGAUUUGCUCCGAAAGGUCCAAGCCCAUUUCGAUACUUUCCGUGAAGAAACGACGACAGACCACAAAGCACUGCGACAGCAGGUCAAUGAACUGUCGCGCAAGAACAGUGAGCUCAUGUCUGACAUCAGUCGGUCAAGUAGCCAGCUUGCUGCUGCUUCUCAACGUGCAGAGCUUUUGCAGAGUAACUUCAAUAUGCUCAAGAAUGAGAAUACGGAGAUCCAAAAGCGCUAUUCUGCUCUCUUCGAAAAUGCAAACCGACAGGAUCUGCGCACCCAGCAAGCUGCGGAAGACCUCGUGGAGGCUAAGGGUCUUGUUGAGAGCCUUCAGAGAGAAAAUGCCAACCUGAAAGCCGAGAAGGAUCUUUGGAAGAAUAUUGAGAAGAGGCUCAUCGAUGACACCGAGAACUUGCGGAAUGAGCGCAGUCGUCUGGACUCAUUGAACGCAAACCUUCAAACCAUUCUCAACGAGCGUGAACACACCGACUCCGAGAGCCGACGCCGACUCCAAGCCAGCGUCGAGUCGCUCGAAACUGAACUGCAGUCGACAAAGCGCAAGCUCAAUGAUGAAGUGGAGGAAUCCAAGAAGGCUAGCAUGCGCCGUGAGUAUGAGCAGGAGACAUCACAAAAACGAAUUGACGACUUGGUAACCAGCUUGGGUGCCGUCCGCGAAGAGCUAGUUGCCGCCAAGACCACCCGGGAUCACCUACAGUCCCGUGUGGAUGAGCUUGCAGUUGAGCUGAAGAGUGCCGAAGAGCGUCUGCAGGUCUUGAACUCGAGACCAAGCGUGUCUGCUGGUACCGCCGAGGGACCUACAGAGGGUGAUGAGUCUGGUGAAGGAAGCGGUCUUUCUCGCGAGCAGGAACUUUCAAUUGAAGUUUCCGAGCUGAAACGGGAUCUAGAAUUAGCCAAGGGUGAACUUGAACACGCCAAGCAAUUGGCUGAGGAUUACCAGGCCAUCAGCCAAGCUAGUGAAGAACGUCUGGAGUCCGCCACCGAGACUCAGGAGCAAUACCGCGAAGAGACCGAUCGUCUUGUGGAGGAGAAGAACGCUAAGAUUCAUGACCUCGAAACUCGCAUUGAAGAGAUCUCAGCUGAGCUGUCCGCCUCCAACGCUGAAAUGACUAAGCUCCGCGAAGAGCAAGCGGAGGCAACGCGCCGCUUGGAAGAGCAGAAGGCCAACUUCGAGUCGGAAAUUACUCGUCUCAAGGCCGACAAUGAACGACAUGUCACUGCUGCACAAUACCAUCAGGAGGACCUGAAUGCACAGGCCGAAAUCGCCAAGCAUGCGCAACAGAACUAUGAGACCGAGCUUGUUAAGCACGCCGAGGCAGCGAAGAAUCUACAAGUCGUUCGUGCAGAGAGCAAUCAACUCAGACUCGACAUCGCUGAGCUGCGAACCCAAUCAGAAGGUUACAAAGGGGAUCUGUCUCAGAAGGAGGAGAGCUGGGCGGAGCAACGAGCCACGUACGAGCGUGAGCUGUCUGAACUGCAGAAGCGUCGGGAGGAGGUUCUUAACCAGAACUCUGUCCUUCACACCCAGCUCGAAAAUAUCACCAGCCAGAUUUCGUCCUUGCAGCGGGACCGAAUCAAUGUUUCAGACGAUGAGCAAGAGGGAGAACAGGCGGCACCCAAUCUCGAGGGCCUCCAGGAGGUUAUCAAGUUCUUGCGCCGCGAGAAAGAAAUUGUCGAGGUGCAAUACCACCUUUCGACCCAGGAAAGCAAGAGACUCAACCAGCAACUCGACUACACUCAGUCGCAGCUCGAUGAGACCCGCCUCAAGCUUGAGCAGCAGCGCCGUGCUGCAGCCGACAGCGAUCACAACGCUCUGAAUCACAGCAAGCUGUUGGACACUAUCAACGAGCUCAACGUUUUCCGUGAAAGCAACGCCACUCUGAGAAACCAACUGAAACAAACCGAAGCCGUGCGUGAUCAAAAGAUUGCCCGCGAGAAUGAGCUGGUCCAGGAGAUCGAACCCCUCAAGACCAGGAUCCACGAGUUGGAGAGCCAGAUUGAAGCCAAGGAUGGAGAAAUGCAGCUUCUACAGGCCGAUCGCGACCGAUACCAACAGCGUAUUCAGAACAUCCUCCAAAAGUACGACCGUGUUGAUCCUACUGAAAUGCAAGAACUGAAGGAGAAGCUCGCGAGCCUCGAGACCGAAAAAACCGAAGCCGUGUCCGAGCGGGAAGCUCUCCAAACCCAGGUGGAGUCACUUCAGGCUCAAAUCGCCGAAUUCCCAGAACAGCUCAAGCAGCAUUCGGAUGAACGCGCGCAAGAUUUGCGAUCCAAGCUCACAGAGCAAUUCAAGGCACGCUCUAAGGACCUUAGCGCGCGUGUCAAGGCCAAGCAAGAUGAGCUCAAUGUAGUCUUGCAGGAGAAAGAGGUCAUCCAAGCAGAGCUUCAGACUACAAAGAGCGAAUUGGAGGCACUGAAGACAAAGGUGGCAGAGUCGCCAGCCAAUGUGUCACCUGCUCCUGUUGCAGCUGCAGUCGCAGCUCCAGAAGAAGAAGCACCCAUCAACGCUACCCCAGCUUCACAAUUCCCAACCGCGACCGUUGAAAUCCCUGGUCCUGGUGACGCUCAAAAGAUACAAGCCCUUGAGCAGAAGAUCCAGCGACUCGAGGCAGCUCUUGCCGAGAAGGAUGGACUUCUGGCGACACAGGCCAGCGAACAAGAUGCGAAGAUUAAGGAACGCGCCGACCGCCUCAAGGAUAUGUACAACUCUAAGCUGAACGAAGUCAGGGCUGCUCAUCGCCAAGAAAUCGAGAAACUGUCCGCUGGUGAACAACCCAUACCUGGAACACCUGGUGCGGGCCCGGAUGCAACCCCUGCAACGCCAUCAAAGACAUUUGAGCUUGCCGGAUUCACUAUUCCCGAGUUGACAGAUGCUCAAGCAAGAGAGCUGGUCGCGAAGCAUGAGACUAUCCGCACAAUCGUCCGAAACAACAUUCGCGGCGGAGUGGCGCGCGAGCAACAAAAAUUGCAACAAGAAGCCCAAGCCUCCUCCGGUGCCAACGAGGCCGCAUUGGCUGGACUACAACAGAAGUCGGCUGAGGAAAGGGAAGCCUUAGUCAAGGCCCAUGAAACAGAACUCAAGGAGAAGGUCAACUCAGCGGUCGAACUGGUCGAAAAGAAGACAGCUGCCCGUCUCAGCAUGCUUGACACCAGAUUCCGAACUGCGAAUGCCAAGAUUGAUGUGGUAUCAAAGGCUGCCACGGAAACUCCCCAAAAGCCUGUUGUGGAGGUAUGGGAAAUCGCAAAGACUGCCCGGCCUGCACCGAUCGCGGUUCCGGCUGCUAAGCCGCCCGUACCAGCAGCAAUCCCAGUCCAACCCGUUGCUCCCGCUCCAAUCCUAGCUGCGCCGCAAGUCCCAAUUACAGCCCCCUCGGCCCCGGUCCCUGCUCCCGCCCCUGCCUCUGUCCCUGUGGUAGCAGCCCCGAAUGUUCCAACGGAGCAAGUUGCGGCUCCCAAUGUGCCUUCCGAAGCUGCUGCCCCCCAGCAAGGUGAGGCACAGCCCACAGCGCCAGCCAAUCCGUUCGGCCAAGUUCAGCAAACCGAUCAAAGCCAGCAGGCCUCUUCUCUCCCUAGCAAACCCCCCGCUGGAAACCCACCUGGUCUGAUGCGGGCUCUUCAAUCUGGGCUUCCCAUUGCACGAGGCGGACGUGGUGGACGUGGCGGUGGCCAGCAAUUCGGCCAUCAACAACAUGACCAACAACAGCAGCAAGGUCACGGUCAGAGCCAAAACCAGCGCGGCCCAGGGCUUCAGCGAGGUCGUGGCGGUCGUGGUGGACAAGGUCGCGGUGGUAACCAAAAUCAAAAUAACGUCGCCCAAGCUCAGAGCCCCACCGCCAAUCGUGGGAACCUGAGUGCUUCGGCCCGUCAGUUCAUUCCUGGAGGCAACAAGCGCUCUCGUGAUGAGGGUCCCGACACUACCACUGAGGGUGGAAGCGGUGGAAAGAGACAGAGAGGCGGCGGUGGCCCCCAGCCUCGUGGCGGAGGCUCUUCUUAA